AAUUGAGAGUGAUAUCCCCUUAAAAGUCUAAGAUGGCAGUAUAAAUAACUUUUUUUAAUUUUUGCAGUAAAAUCUUUUAGUGAAAGUACAUUUAUAGUAGUGUUUUCCUACAUGAUUUAGCUACCGCAACAUGAGUAGCAAUACAAAGCGUCGAGUAACCGUUGAGACUGGAAUGUCAGAAGACUCUGAAAAACGGAAGCCAAGUGUUUUCGAAAGGCUUGGUCCAGGAGCAGGACAGAGAAAAUAUUCGGAAUAUGAUGCAGGAUCAUCAGAGAGAGAAAAGAAAUGCCGCCAGUUCAUGAUGACUGGAGAAUGCCCUUAUGGACCAUCUUGCAAGUACAAACAUCUGCAGCUCUCAAGAAAGAGCAAAAAUUCAAGGGAUGGAGAAGGGAGUCCAGAAGACAUGAAAUUAAAGUUCAAAGGUCAGCAGUCUGAGAGGAGCAGUGAGAAACAGCAUCGAGACAGUGACUCUGAGUCACCUGAUGUACAUGGAAAAAGUGGUCGAUCACGACGGGAUAAAGAAACCAAAAUCAAGUCACAAGUUGUUGUGAAGAAAUCCUCUGGGAAUCAUGGAAGUGAUGACAGCGAUGCCUCCAAUGACAGCAAUUGGUUUGACAGCCUAGACUACAAGAAAGAACCAGAAUUAGAGCAGAAAAGACAGCAAAUACAGAGAGCGCUGAGCCAGCUAGAAGAAGAUGCCAUGGAAAACAUCACCAUCCAAAAGAAGGCCCCAGUGCCUGUUGCGCACCACACUCAGUCUGGGUCAGAAAGCAGUCCUGACCAAGCGAAGACCAGCAGACGUCCUCCAGUUGGAGGUGGCAGAGGGGAAUCACCUUCUGAGAUGAGACCCUUUUCACCUGGAGGAAAGAAAAAAGAGAAGAAAAAACCUCGCACUAGGUCCCCUGCAGAUCCAGAUGCUCUGGCAAGGGAAAAAAAACAGUAUGCCACAUCUCCAGGACCGAGCCCCGACAAAGGAAAGGAACACAGAAAAAAGCAUGAUGUGGAGGAACAGAGUGGUCACAAGAAACACAAGAAGAAUAAGAAAGAAAAGAAGCACUCUCUCUCUCCACAGCCAGAGUCAGGCAAGAAAAAAGAAAAGAUUGUGGAAGAGCCAGAGGCAGAAGUAACCAGGUUGCAGACAAGUGCAAAAGGAUUCAGCAAAGUGGCCUCUCCUCCACCAGCUCACUCCAAGCGUUCCAGAUCAUCGUCUCCAGAGUCCUUGUCACCACAUAAGCUGAAGGAUAAAGGUCAAACAAAGAGCAAGUCCAAGAAAAAGAAGGCCAGGGGAAAUAAGGGAGAGAGCCGAGGAUCUACCGCAGAAGGUUCAACCAAGGCAAAGAAGUGGCUGUCUCCCUUAGCAAAGACCCUGAAAUUAAAGAAGGCAAAGAACACCAGUGGUGUUCCUGAAAUUAAAGAAAUGAUUGAAGAUGAUGAAGCUGCCAAGAGACGAUCGCCAACGCCACAGCCAUCAAGAAGAUCCCAAAGCCAGGAGUUCCUGGCUGAGGACCCAAUGCCACCUUCCCGUCACCAAGGCAUAUCCAGGGAGACUUCUCAGACGCGGGGUCGUAGCACAGAGAAGCGUAACAAAAAGCGCAAGAACAAAAGAACUCCAUCCCCUCUUAGUCAGAGUUCUGACCGAGCUGGCAGGCGGGGAGACACCAAGGAUGUGAAAAAGCGGACAGGUGACAACUUACCUGCAAAAGAUAAUCGGAAGGAAAGUGUGGAAGAUAAGAGAAAAAGAGGCAUGGUCUCGCCACAACAGUCAGAAUUGUAUUCACCGUCUCAGCUGGAACGCGAGUCCCCAGCUAGGGAAUCGUUGCAAACUGGAAGAAACAGACAUGGUGGACUUGGUGAGGCCAGAGGGGGUGAUCGAGGUGAAACAGGGAGAGAAGAGGACCGACGUGCAGAGCGGGAUUCUCGCAGACCAGACAAGUUUGAGUCUCGUUCUCAACCGAGCAAUGCUGAUCAGUCAAGUAGUGACAGGUACACUCGCAGAGAUGGGGAGGGGUUUGAACAGCACGGGCAAGAGCGUGGCCGCUAUGACAUCAGCCGAGAUGCCCGCACUCAGGAACUUGGCACUGAUCGAGAGCAGAGAGGACGAGGAUCUUCUAGAUAUGACAGAGAACCAUUACCUCCCCGGGAUCACCCGAGAGGUGAUGGCGCUGGGUGGGAUUCAUCCUUUGAUCGUCAGACAGAGAGGGGAAAGAAUGGUCGAGACCCGAGCCGUGAUGGCCGUGACAGCAGGGAUCUCCCACAUGACCCAGGUCGUGAUCGCACCCAUGGGAUAGGAAGAGAUCGGAGUGACACAAGGGAUAGCAGAAGCAAUAAUCGCGAUGCACAGCUUGACGCCUGGCAUUGGCUUUCAGGAAGCAGAUUUGGCAUGGGAACCUAUCCAGCUGAUGCGCAGCGGCGUGGAGCCAUUCCAUGGGAUGGAGGAAACCGGGCUGGAGACUGGCCAGACAGACCUGAAGCCCAGCCUGAUGUGCGGCUAGAUGAUCGUGCACGUGAAGGGCGCAUGACUGCUACAGGUGGCAGCUCUGGCAGCAGUGGCAGUGCAGGUCGGAUAUAUCGAGAUGAUUCUAGGGACUCUCGGCUGGGAGAUCGUCAUGGGAGAGAUGCACCUGUCGAGUCUCGACAGGGGCAAUUGGAUCGGGUGGACAAUCGCUCAGAAAGAGGAGAUGGGAGACUUGACCGUGAUAGUCGCCUUGACAGAAGUGAUGGUCGGGCAGAUCGGGGAGAGCGAAACACUGACAGGGGGACAAGUAGAGGUGACAGUCAGGCGGAUAGGAGGAGAGGAGGUGGACAGGCAUCCCCAUUCGACCAAAGGGGAGCUAAACCUGGCUGGGGAAGUGGCAUGAGUCAGAGCAGUAGUCGUGGAGACUUGAGGAGUCUUGUGGAUGAAGGGAGGGGUUAUGAGUAUGAUCGCCGCCUUGGGCUGGGUAGAGACUCCCAGACAGGUAAAACUGCAGACAGGGAUUCCCUUGGCAGUCGAGGUGGGGAGAGGGAUGUUCCAGGGGGGCGGGCUCCUGACAGAGAUGGACCAGGUGGAAGGAAUGGUGACAGAGAACUGCAGAUGGGACGAGAAGGUGACAGGAAUUUGCCCAUGGUUAGGGGGGGUGACAGAACUGUACCAAUUGGCAGACAAGGAGAAAGGGAUAGUCAGUUGGGCAGAGUGAGUGACAGACUUGAGAGGGACAGGGAGCUUGGAGGAUCAUCUCGAGAGAGGUUUGUUGCCAGGGAUGGUGUUACAAUAGAUAUACGGCAGAUGCGGGAUGACAGGGCCUUUCCAGAUGAUUUCCCAGAUCCUUUGCAUGAGCAUCGAGUUGACCAAAUAGACAGGUAUGAUGCGGAGUUAAGAGAGGGGCGUAAUGUGAGAGGUAGGGCUUUAUCACCACAGGAGAACAAGUUAUCCAAAGGAGGUCGUGGCUUUGAUGAUGACCGUGGCCAGAGUAGGGGCUCAGCAAAUGAGAGGGGAGUUAGAGACAGGGGUGUGAGUAGAUCAUAUGAUUAUGAUCUUCGGGAUCAGGAUCCUCGUUUAGUACCAGAUCUCUUGCAUGAACCUGACAGCAGUCUCAGACGACUGCCAGUGUCUUUACCACGUGAGGAGCACCGUGGUGGAAGAGGUGAAGCCUACGAAAGCCGCAGUGGUCGUGAGAGUGGGCUGGGAGACAGUCGUGACAGCCGGGGCAGGCGAGAACCCAGAGAGACCGAAUUAGUUCGGGAGGCAGAAAGCAGUAUGCCUAGCCGAGUAGGCAGAGAAAGUGCCAAAGAAAGUGUCCGAGAGGGACCAAAGGAUACAGCUUGGGAAGGCCGAGAGAGUGCCAGAGAUAUAGGACGUGACUUUCCCAGGGAUACUAUCAGUCAGACAGGACGAUUAGACGGCAGACGUGGGAGGAUCUCACCAACAUCAGAGUCCUUUGUUGACCCUGACAGAAGUCGUGAGCGAGAUCGGGAGAGAGAUUUUUGGGGUCAUGAUUCUCGGAGGAAGGAACGUAGCCCAAGACGAGAUGGUGUUUCUAGAGGAUGGAGUCCUUCGGAUGGUGAUAAAUCCAAAGUGCCAACCAAACUGCAAGAUGAUUUGGUUGCCUGUGAAACGGAGCCUUCCAGAAGACAGGAGAAGAAAGAGUCAGAAAAGCGGCUUUAUGAUGAACCUGAGCGAGGGAGACCAAAAGACAGAGAGGAGGUGGGUGAAGUCAUGAGCGCACAUGUAACAGAUGUGCGUGACACUUCAAGCCCCCGUCGUAGGAAGGAACAAGGAGACACAACAGUCAAAGAUCGUGACUCUCAGUCAGAAGGUAGAAGAUCACCAUCAAGAAAUCGUCGAAGAGAGAAAACUCCAUUGUCGCUCACUCGUUCCAGCUCUGCAGAUCAGCGUCAGGCGAAGAGAACUCGCUCACUUUCACCAAGACAGUCUUCUACCCAGCGAGGAGGUUCCCCAUCAUCUGUUUCCAAGUUGGCUGUGGAAAAACCCAAAUCUCCUACAAGUAAAUCUGCCUCAUCCCGAUCACCUUCCAGAAAAAGAGGACAUCAUGAAUCCGAGUCAACUCAGUCUCCACUACUCAGGAUAGGGCAGAGGGGUAGGUCACGUACUCCUAUUGGAGCAAAGCGUAAAAGAGGGGCCAGCUCCAGGUCUCCAGCCCCAGGAGCGAAGGAUGACACCAAGUCUCCUGUACCCAAACGGCUUCGAGAAGAAUCUCGGUCACCUACACGACGCAACAGCCGCCACCCAUCACCAGCAGGCUCACAGCACAGCCAUUGCAGUCAGGGCAGCUUGGAUCGCAGGCGUCGCCUGCCUAGCAGUUAUACUGAGGGAGAUCGAUACCACCGGGACAGUCCUGCCAGGAGAGAAAGAGAUCGUGAUAGAGAGAGAGAGGUUCUGCCUGUAGUAGGGCAGGAGAGAUCAAUGGAAAGCCAAGAAGAGAAGGAUCUGGAUCCACAGCGCAAGCGUGGGUGGUCACCAGUCAGGGCCUUGCCUCGGGCUGUGAGUCACAGUGACAGAAACAAGAGAAAGCGCCGAGGUAAUGAUGGAGACUGGUCAGAUUUGGAGAUGGACAUGGUCAUUAAAGAGGACUUUAGGCAGGGUGUCAGUCGGCUGGGAGUCCCCGACAUUCAGAGCACCAUACCCGAUUCCAGUGUUGAUAUCCUUGACAUGCCCAAAUCAGAUUCGAGUAAACUGUUGCCACCACUCGUCUCCUCAACCACGCCCAUUUAUCCAGCUGACAUUUCCAGUCGAACAGAUCGACGUCCUGUAAGCAGCAUUGUUGGUGGCCGGGGCAUCGAUGACUAUGGCCGCGGGCCACUUGAUGCCUGGGGUGAUCGUUAUGAUGACAGACGGGAUGGAAUCAGCAGGGGCAGAGUGGAUUCUGUCGCAAGUGCUAACCCCGAUUCCGACCAGAGAGGUGAAAUGCCUAGCUCUCACGAAGCAGCGGAAGAUUCAAAGGAUACUAAUCUGAGCAUCACACUGCCUUCAGAUGAAGGAUAUGAAGAAAUCUCCUCAGAUGAAGAUGACUUUGCUAAUGAAGAUGGAGAAAAGCAGAAUCAAAACAGCAUUGUCAGUGUCCUAGACAUUGACUGGGCCAGUCUGGCCAAAGAACCAGUUGCCAAGCCAAAUACUGGUUCUCUGGCAAAGCGCUUUCACCCAUCCACAGUUUUUCAUGAAAUUGGCAUCUCACGUUCAUUUGCUGGUGAUGAGCUGUUCAACAAAGUCAAAGAAAUCUGUGAAAAAGGCAUUGAGGAUGACACAGAAAGAAAAGAAGAAGCUGGAGUAAAGUCAGAAGACAAAGAAAACAAGGCAGCUUCUUCAAAGGACACCAGAAGUUUGUCCCUUCUACACGAUGUCCCUGCCUUGCAUCUGGCUGCAGUGCGGCAGAGACAUGACCGAGCCAACCUGUUGAAGAAUGUUGGCCCUUUCCGCCGAGGGCUUUGUGCACGACGAGAUUUGGAGAUUCGCCGACAGUUGUGUAAGGUUGACAAGGUAUACGAACAACCAGCAGUGUUUCCAACACAUGUGAUGGACACAGACCUCUGCAAGCUCAGCAUCCAGCUUUUUCGACAGGGUCGUGAUUAUGCUGACCGCAAGAACUCGGAGUGUGACAUUAAAGGCGACCUGACACUUUGAUUUGGCUUUUUUCACUGUGACACCAUCCUAGUUUGACGCAUGAUUGUGGUUAUUGCGAAGCAUAGACCACUUAGCUUAAAGUGGUGUCUUACCUGUGCGCCUGUACCACAUACCGUUGUCUGUUCCUAGUUCAGUCACAUGUGACAGCUGAUUCAUCGUGUUUGAUGCACUUAAAAAAAAAAAAACCAAGAAAAAAUGAAAACCAAACCCCUCGUUCUUCACUGUUCAUCUUAUCUCUUGUAUAAUUUAGUAUGGUUGAAAAAAUUGGACAUAUUCUUCAAAUUUUUAUUAGAUAACAGUUCAGGAAAAGUAUUUCAAAUGUUCCUUCCACCACCACCACAAAAAAAAGUGGAAUUUACAUUAAUUUAUAGUGCAGUGGGCACUUUGUGGUUCAGAACUAAUCAGGUAUUUUUAUACUAGCUUCUAGUUUGUGUGUGCUGUUUGACUAUUUGUGAUUGUCAUUGGACAGAAAACUUUUUCUCUACGACUUUUUUUGGUGACUUGGUAAAUUUAAAGGCCCUUUUUUUAAAAGUUUUAUUUUGCCUGUAAAUCAUACACAGUUGUUUAUGCUGUUAAAAAAAAGGGAGAAUGUUUUCUUCACGUGCUCAUCAAAUCAAACAUAUAGAGAGUGUUUUUGUUUGUUGUUGUAUUUUUUGCAAUUAGGUGUUAAUACUUAAUAUUUACUUGAAACUUUAGAAGAUGUCCCGGUACUCUGGGUCGAGAUGAUACCUAAACACUAGGACUUUUAGGAGUCUUGUUUUGGUACACAUCAUAUUGAGCCAGCUUGCUUAUAUGACAUUACAACUUUCCUGUGGAUGUUAUGAAAUGGGGAAUUUUUUGCCUUUAAAAAAAAAAACCAACUGAUUUAAGACUUGAAUAUUAAACACAAAUUCCUGUUGGAUUAAAA